GAAGGUUAUACAGAAGCAGGAUCUACCCGACGAAGAUGAAAAUGACAUCUAAAGUAUUAUUUCUUCUCUUUUUCUUGACUUUCCUCCAGUCGCAUCGUUGCCAUCCGUUACCAGCUCCAGAAGAUGGUAUAGAGAAUGAACACGGUUUUGACGUUGUGGAGGUGCAGACGGUAGAACUCGCGAUUAAUGCACUCAACGAGGAGUUAAAUAGAGCCCCCUCUGACGGUAUCGAUGAAGAAGAGCCUGGUAGUGAAGAUACAGGGGAAGAAAGUGAAGAAGAAAAUGAAGUGGAUAGUGAGGACAGCAACAAGGAAGAGACCGUCGACGACGAUGGAGUGGACAGUGAAAAUGGAACUGAGGACGGUGGCAUUGAAAGUAACGAUGAAGAUGGCGAGGAAGGUGGAGAUGACAAUGUGAAAGACGAAGGUGGUGAUGACGGUGGUGAGGAAAGUGAAGAUGAUGAUGGAGAUAGUGCAGCAGAUGAUGAUGAAGACAGCGUGAAAGAUGAAGAUGAAGACAGCGAAGAUGACGAUGGUAAGGACAGUGAAGAUGAAAGUGGUGAUGAAAGCGCAGAUGAUGACGCUGACGGAAGUGAGGAGGGCGAAGAAGACAGUGGAGAUGACGAUGGUGAGGAAAAUGAAGAUGACGAAGAAGACAAUGGAGAUAGUGGAGGUGAAGAAAGUGCAGAUGAUGACGGAGGGGACAGUGCAGAUGACGAAGAAGGAGAGAGUGGAGAUGAAGAAAGUGCAGAUGAUGACGGAGGGGACAGUGCAGAUGACGAAGAAGGAGAGAGUGGAGAUGAUGAAGAUGAAAGUAGCGGUGACAGCGAUGACGGCGGUGAGGACAGCAGUGACGACGAAGAAGAAGAAAGUGGUGAUGAAGAUGGUGAAUACAGUGGUGAUGACGAAGAAGAGGAGAGUGGUGAUGACAAUGGUUUGGACAGUGGUGACGACAGUGAUGAAGACAGUGGAGAUGACGAUGGAGGAGAAAGCGGAGACGAUGAUGAUGAUGAAGACAGCGGAGAUGAGGAUGGCGAAGACAGUGGAGAUGAGGAUGGCGAAGACAGUGGAGAUGAGAGUAGUGAUGACGAUGGUGAGGAUAAUGGAGAUGACGACGCUGAGGAAAGUGGUGAUGAUGAUGGAGAAGAUAGUGGAGAUGACGAUGGUGAAGAAAGUGGAGAUGACGAUGACGAAGACGGUGAAGAUGACAGUGGUGAGGACAGUGGAGAUGACGACUCUGAGGGCAGUGAAGAUGAUGGCGAUGAGGAGAGUGGUGAUGACAAUGGUGAGGACAGUGCUGAUGACGACGGAGAAGAAAGUGGAGAUGACAAUGGUGAAGACGGUGAAGAUGACGGUGGUGAGGACAGUGGAGAUGACGACUCUGAGGGCAGUGAAGAUGAUGGCGAUGAGGAGAGUGGUGAUGACAAUGGUGAGGACAGUGCUGAUGACGACGGAGAAGAAAGUGGAGAUGACAAUGGUGAAGACGGUGAAGAUGACGGUGGUGAGGACAGUGGAGAUGACGACUCUGAGGGCAGUGAAGAUGAUGGCGAUGAGGAGAGUGGUGAUGACAAUGGUGAGGACAGUGCUGAUGACGACGGAGAAGAAAGUGGAGAUGACAAUGGUGAAGAAAGUGGAGAUGACGACGUUGAGGAAAGUGGAGAUGAUGUUGGAGAAGGCAGUGGCGAUGAUAAUGGAAAAGAAAGCGGAGAUGACUACGUGGAAGACAGCGAAGAUGACGAGGGAGAGGACAGUGGAGAUGACGACGCUGAAGAAAGUGGUGAUGACGAUUUUAAAGACAGUGGAGAUGACAGUGGCGAAGAGAGUGGAGAUGACGAUUUUGAAGAUAGCGGAGAAGAUGAUGUUGAAGAUAGUGGAGAUGAUGCCGGAGAAAGUGGAGUGGAUGAUGGCGAGGACAGUGGAGCAGAGGAUGGUGAUGACAGUGGUGAUGGGGUUGACAACGAAGAAGUCAAUGUAAGCAAGACUGGAGAAGGCAAUGUCGUCCAAAGAAAGGGAGGCGCGAAUGUUGUGGAUUUCAGAAAUUAUGGUAAUGGUAUCAUUUACCGAGCCAAAAAUGUCAAAAGUAUCAAAGAACUCAUCAAAAACAUCUUGAGAAACAAUAGUGACGUUCAUAUCAAUGACACUAAUACGAUCUUUAAGUUGUUAAACGUAACCGAAUUAGAAGGGUCCAGAUCUUCCGGCGUUUCUUGGUAUAGUGGAUUAUUUGUCUAUAAAGCCCUAGUUUUAGUAGCAUCCUUUGUAGUUUUAUUAUGAAAGUGACUGAAAUUGCACGAUAUUUAUCUUGUGUCCAAGAGCAAUGCAAGGAGAAGUUUGCGAUUUGCUUGUAGCUAAGACAGAAAUUCUUGCGCUAGAAUUCGCCGAAGGUGUACCGAAACCUGUACAAGAAAACUGUUUAUAACUUUGUGCGACUUGUAUGCGAAUAAAAUCUUAUGGACAAAAUUUUGCUAAGCGACAAAAAUCACCUAGGAGGUUUGCUUUUUUUGUAU